GGGAAACCGUUCAACCGAGCAGAGUCGACACACACGUCACAACACAGUAACUGAGGAGACUUUAACAAAACAAAUAAAUGAAUGAUAUAUGCACGUUUUAUGGAUUUUUGAUGAUAUUUCACAGGUUUGUAUAGAAGCAUGUCGUGUGAGGGGUCUGUCCAGAAACAAGUGCUCUCAAUAAUGGACAGUUUAGUCACAUCCAUAGUGACAGAAAUUUGUCAACUCGAUUUUUUUCAGUCAAAGCGUCAAAAUGGAAAUGCAGACACCGAUAUUAAAAUGAAUCUGACAGCUGCUAUAAGGAAAAUAACAAACUCAACAGCUGAACACAUCUGCAGAAUCCUUCAUACAGCAUCAAGUGGACCAAGAAAAGAUCUUACACAACCAGAUCAAAUCAAUCAUAUGGUAGAGCAACAGACUCAUAUCAAAGAUGAGGAACAUGUCAAAGGAGGAGACCAGCAAGAUUACACCUCAGAGGUUGUGUCGGGAAUCCAAGAAAGUUUGAAUUGCAUCUCAUCUGGUGGACAUCUUCUUCAGACUGUUGAAGAAGAGACUGAGUUUAGAUUUGAAGAAGCAUUUGGCCACGAAGAGGUGCAAGUAGUGUGUCAAACUCCUGCUGUAGAUGAAUCAACAGAGCCUAGUCCAGAAGAAACUGAAUUGGUAGAUCAUCAAAUAGUAGAGCUGAGCACCAUUGAUCCAAACUCUAAAGAUGAAUCAAAUGACAUUUCAGAAGAAUUAAACACACUGGAUCCACCUGACAUUAUCGAGACAGAAUUGGACAUCCCAACAGAAGUGCAACUGGACACAAGCAAUGAGCAAAACACAUGCAUAACCUGCGGAAAGACCUUCACCCACCUCAACAACCUCAGAAGACAUGAGCAGAAGUUCCACAGCGGAGAAACACCUCACGCUUGCCACGAAUGCGGAGAGCGUUUCGCCUCCAGACGCCUCCUCCAAAUCCACCGCAGAGUCCACAAGGUGGAAAAACCUCACAAAUGCACGCUCUGCGACAAGGUGUUUCGCUUACCCAACCACUUGAGGAAUCACAUGACAAGUCACGGUGACGAGAGACCGUUCGCCUGUUCCACAUGUGGGAAGAGCUUCACAUUACUAAGCAUCCUCAGAGCUCAUGAGCGAACGCAUGGAGGCGAGAAGAACUUUGUCUGCUUGCAUUGCGGUUCCCGGUUCCUCACCAAGUCUUACUUGGACUAUCACCAGCGAGUUCACACUGGAGAAAAGCCAUACCUGUGCAAACACUGCGGCAAGAGCUUCGCCCAAAAGGGCAACCUCAAGGCGCACGAAAGGCUUCACACGGGCGAACAGCCCUUCAGAUGCGAUGAGUGCGGGAAAACCUUCGUACAUGCGAACACCUUCAAAUCCCACAAGCAGCUCCACACUGGAGUCAAAGCUUUUUGCUGUGAGCUUUGCGGAAAGGGAUUUCGGCGAGGAACGCAUCUCAAGACUCAUCUACUAACGCAUUCUGGAGACAAACCAUUUAGUUGUGAUAUAUGUAGGAAGACUUUUGCACUCAAAGGAUCUUUAAAGACACACAAGCUCACUCAUACGGGACAGAAGAGUUAUGCUUGUAACGUUUGUAAUAAGCAGUUUACUCAGGCCAGCUCGCUGGCGAAACACAAGCGGGUUCACACCGGAGAAAAGCCACACCGCUGUGAAAAUUGCAAUAAGUGUUUCUCUCAAAGCAGCCAUCUUAAGUACCACUCGAAGGUUUGCCAAUCUGGGACAAAAAGUUCUGCGAACUCAAAUGUGGAAGAGAACUAACUCAUUCCAGUUGUGCCUUUCUUGAAUAAACCCAACUGUGACCAAAUAUUUGAGACAUUUCUUAGAAGAUCUGCAAGAUGUUUCCUCCUCAAUUACUUGAUAUUAUUGGGGCGAAUCUAAGAAGAGCCUUGGUCAUUUUACACUGAAAUAAAGCAAUUAUAUUUUGCAUAAAUUAACAAAAUGUGAGACCAUUAACAUUUGUACAUUUAAUGCUCAUGUAAAAUGUCUCAAAAUCUGCAAUAAAUGAGUACAUGCACAUUUUAAAUAAGAUUUAAAAUGUGAAAUACUUUGCUAUGUUUUCUGAACAUAAGUUAGUAUGUUGGUAGUCGAAGUAAUGCAAAAUAUUUUUAUUUGUUCUUUUUAUUUCAGGGUGAAAUGUACAAAGCUCCCUAUAGGACCGUUUUUUUAUUUGCUUCUCUCACAAAUGUUUGCAUCUAAAGCAUUGAAGUAUUGUUUUUUUUCUCCCAAUUAAUAUUAUUUCCAUCACAAAUGUUUUGGAAGAAAGCAAACAUAUUAAAUUUAAAAAAAAAAAAAAAA